AUGAGCAACCCAGACGCCGAGGAGCCCAAGCUUGACAAGGCUCGUCACAUCAAAUACUGGCAGCGAUGUCACAACACCUUCCUCCCAAGUGCCUACACCUCCAAUGACUCCACCAGACUCACCUUUGCCUUCUUCAUCAUCUCCGCCCUCGAUCUCUUGUCCGUGCCCCUCACAGCUUCAGACCGGGCUGCGGCGCGAGCUUGGGUCCUGAGCCUCCAGCAUCCCGAUGGCGGCUUCUGUGGCAGUCCAACCCACUCCAUCACCGGCGAGGACGCGUCCAAAGGAUCAGCAAACAUAGCAGCGACAUUCUUUGCCCUGAUCAUCUUGGGCUUGGUGGCGGAGUCGGAAGAGGAGCAGCGUUCAGCCUUUGCGGGUGUGGACCGCAAGGCACUGUUGCUUUGGCUGAAGAAAUUGCAGAGAAGCGAUGGGAGCUUUGGACAGAUCCUGUGGGAGGGGGAACCGACGGGUGGGAGAGACAUGCGGCAUAGUUAUUUAGCGAGCAUCAUUCGAUUUAUGCUGCGAGGGUCGGUUCAGGAAGGGGAUGAGAAUUGGGUCGAGGACAUCGAUACUGAGGGAAUGAUUGAGUACAUUAGGAGUGUUCAGACUUAUGACGGUGGUAUUGCCGAGUCCUCAACGGAGGAAUCACACGGUGGAUAUGCAUACUGCGCAAUUGCUGCUCUGAAUUUACUUGAUCGGCAUUCCGAAACAUUUACACCGGGAGAAACCAAGCGGGCGCUGGAUCGCGGUAUCGCAGAUCGCCAAAGCCUGCUCAGGUUCCUCGCAAGCAGGCAUUUUCCGUACUUGGCAAAGAAAGAAGAGACACGAGACGAGACAGCAGUGAAUCACCUUGAAGCUAAAUUGGGAGAGUUGAGCCUGGAUGGAGGACUCCCCUACGUUGGAUUUAAUGGCAGGUGGAACAAGAAGGCUGAUACCUGCUAUACAUGGUGGGCUUGCGGUGCUUUGAGGCUCCUUGAUUGCGACAGCUUUUACGACCCCAAGCCAUCUUGCAACUACCUACUGGACAUUACCCAACACAGAAUCGGCGGGUUUGGCAAAUCCGUUGGCGACCCUCCGGACAUCUACCAUUCUUACCUCGGAUUGACGACGGUGGCUUUGUUGGGCGGAUUUGAGCUCAAGGAGGCCGACGCAGGGUUUUGCUGUAGUAAAGAAGGGGCUCGCAAGAUUGAAGUGGCUAGAGAUGGGUUGCUGGAGUCUUUGAAGAGGCAGAGUGAGCAGCGGGGAUGGGGGACGGAUGAUUUUUGGGGGAAGGCUGCGGAGGUGGUUAAGGUGAAGUAG